AUGACGUCAUUGCCAUCCAUAGAAACGUUGCCAAGCUUUAAAAUUAGCAAGGUACAAAUUGAUGUUAACAGGAGGGGUAGAUAUUGCAAGGGUCGUUGGAACGACUGGGGUUUUUUUAUUGAUAACUACACAUACGGACGGUGUUUUGUGUGGCACUUCAAAUGCCACACAAUAAUCAGGCUCCCUCGCUUCCGCUACGACAGUGAAUGGGAAACAAAGCUGUUCAAGCCCCUUCCACUUAUGACUAUUUUUGACAAUUAUUUGGAAGAUGAUUACUUUUGCACCGUCUCUCUAUUCUUCAAUAGCGACUUGUAUUGUCUAAUAUGUCGUCCCCCUUUUUAUAAAAAGUGGGAAAAGGUAAUACUUCAUUACAGUAGCUUGCGCGACGCUGUCUCGUUUUGUAACGGUGAGAAACUAUGCACUCUGUAUAAGAAUGGGAAACUAGGGAUAAUACAGAUCAUCCCGGAAAUAAGCACUUGUCUGUCUCCUAUCACACCACCAACUGAUCCAACUGCAAUGUAUCGAAAGAGACUUUUGGUUUCGUGGCAAAACCAUUUGUUUUUGGUUCAACAUAAAUUGGGAUCAGUCUUGGAGAUUUGGAAGGCCGAUUUCAAAACACAACAAUUCAAGAGAAUAUUCAAUUUGGAUAAAUUUAUCAUUUUUAUAAGUCAAGGAUUCUCCGUUGCAGUUUCUUCAUCUGCACUUGAAGAAAAAAACUGUGUUUAUUUCACACAAGGCAAUGAUAAUCACAUUCUGUUUGCCUUACACAUUGGGGAUCAAAGCUUGUCAACCACAGAGCGAUUUCGUAUCCAUACCUCUCACAAUUCUAUUCCUCUACUGGAAAGGCUUGGAACCACCAAAAAUCAAGGUAGCCGUAAAGGAGACGACAAGGUGAAGAAGCGGUCAUCCUCGGAGCACAGUAAUACAUCGGAGCCAGUAGUAGUAGACAGCAACAUAUGCGACCAUCUUACUUUAGACCUUCAAAGGGAAAUUUCUCGGCAUCUACUUUCUCAAGACGCAUACUUGUACAUGAAUUUUCGGUUGGUGUGUAAAUUAUGGAGAUCUGUUGCUCCUCCAUUACGUUGGAAGGUGGUUGAUCAACCGACUCGUUCGUCUGAUCAAGACUCCAUGUGGCUUCUAACCCUAAAUCAAAAAGAUGGUUUGUGCACUUUUUAUAAUCCCUUUAGAAAUCUGACAUGUUAUAUGAGCAACAAUGACUUAGUAGGGUUUGAAAUUCGGUAUUCAAAAGAUGGUUGGCUUCUUGUUUCCAGAGGUCCAAGGUCUCUCUUCUUACUUGAGCCUUCUAGUAAACAAAUAAUCCAUCUUCCAGAACGAACAGAUGACUAUUUCUGUGACGCUAUGUCAUUCUCAGCUUCUCCAUCUAAUUCAUCUGCCUGGGUGAUCUUUGGUAUAGCUUGUUUAGACUCGCAUCGAGUCAGGAUUUCAUAUUUGAGAGCAGGGGAUGAUAAUUGGACUAGUAUGAGAAUGGACAAUGAGGUACCUUUCAUAGUUUUUUCUAGUCCUGUGUACUUUGGCGAAAAAUUUUGUGUCGUAGGCCGGCAUGGUGAUGUUGGUGCAUUUGGCUUCUUAGAAGACGGAAAUCCUUACUGGGUUAUCCAUCAAAUUAGUCUACUAUAUUCACCUCGUAUUUCUAGCCCUCUCAGUCAAUAUUUAGUUCAACGGGAUCAAGAUGUGCUAUAUUCAGUGAUAAUGACACGAGAUCAUAAUGUUGGUGUUUAUGAACUAGACUUUAGAGACAACAGGGUUAAAUUAGUGAAAGAAGUCAAAAACUGGCUUCUUUUCAUUAGCGAAGCCUCAUCUAUUGCCGUCUGUGGCAUGAACGUAAAUUUGGACGAUGCUCUUCUUUUCCCCAGCUUCAGCACAUCUAACGAUUAUGUUUACUAUUCAUUGGAAGCUGCCGCAUUCAAAGUAUUGAAAGACAAUUCCAUAGAUAUAAGGCAACAGAAAGAGCUUUUAAAUCGUGUUUGGAUCCGCUGUGAACUCAGGAAUUGAUCCAACCUAUACAUGUCGUUUUCUCUUCUUUUAAUUAAUGGAUAACUUGCAUAUUUCAAUUU